AGUUUUAUCAUUGCGUAACGUUUACGUAAAAACGACUUUGGGUGCAGCCGUUUGGCCGCCAGCUAACUCGGCUAGUAAGGCUAACUAAUUAGCUCCAUGUGCGGAGCUUGUAUUGUCCGUUAGCCUAGCUGCGUUAGCACGGUUUAUUCAAACGUCUUGCGGACUUUACACACUUCACAGGUGUGAAGGAGCCGCCUCGAAGACAGGUUUCGAGUGUUUGCUGGUCAAUCAAUAUGGAAAUACCCCCCUCUCCUUAGCCCCAUCUCCAGCCACGAUGUCAAAACGACCAUCCUACGCCCCUCCCCCUCCCCCCGCCCCGACAACACAAAUGCCUUCCACCCCAGGGUUUGUGGGCUACAACCCUUACAGCCAUCUGGCCUACAACAACCUCCGACUGGGAGGGAGCUCCGGAGGCUCCAGCAGGAACUCCUCGGGCAUCACCGUCCCGAAGCCUCCCAAACCUCCAGACAAGCCUCUGAUGCCUUACAUGCGGUACAGCCGGAAGGUAAGCAGGAAGGUAUGGGACCAAGUGAAGGCGUCCAACCCCGACCUGAAGCUGUGGGAGAUUGGAAAGAUUAUCGGAGGGAUGUGGAGGGACCUGACUGAUGAGGAGAAACAGGACUACCUGAAUGAGUAUGAAGCCGAGAAGAUCGAGUAUAACGACUCUCUGAAGGCGUACCAUAACUCACCAGCCUACCUGGCCUACGUCAACGCCAAGAACCGAGCCGAGGCCGCGAUGGAGGAGGAGAGCAGGCAGAGGCAGAGUCGUAUGGACAAAGGAGAGCCGUACAUGAGCAUCCAGCCCGCUGAAGACCCUGAUGACUACGACGACGGUUUUUCCGUGAAGCACACGGCAGCCGCUCGCUUCCAGAGGAACCACCGGCUCAUCAGCGACAUCCUCAGCGAGAUCGUAGUGCCUGACGUCCGCUCGGUGGUCACCACAGCCCGCAUGCAGGUCCUCAAGAGGCAGGUCCAGUCUCUCAUGGUGCACCAGAGGAAGCUAGAGGCAGAACUGCUGCAGAUUGAGGAUCGCCACCAAGACAAGAAAAGACGCUUCCUGGAGACCACUGACUCAUUCAACACUGAACUCAAGCGGCUGUGCAGUCAGAAGGUGGAGGUGGACAUGGAGAAGCUAGCAGCAGAGAUGGCAGCCGCAGAGGAGGCAGCCAGGCGCCGGGCGGAGGAGAGGGAGCGCGAGGCGGCCGAGCAGGCGGAGAAAGCUGCUCAGCAGGCGCAGCAGGCUCAGCAGCAGCAACAGCAGCAGCAGGCGGAGGCUGCUGGAAACAAAGCAGCAGAGCCGACUGGAGCUAAUGCUAACAGCGCAGCUAACCCCAGCUCAGGGACCAAGGAGGAGGAGAAGCCCACACCGAUGGAGACAGAUGAGGCGGCGCCUACGGAGCCUUCUUCAGACUCCCAGCCCGCUCCACCUACUCCUUCUGACCCCCCAUCUUCCUCCUCCGAUAAAGCCACACCUCCCCCCGACCCCCCCAGGGAGAGCAGCACUCCUAGCAGCAGCGCCCCCAGCGAGGACAGCAACAACAGCAUGCCUCCUCCCUCCUCAGAUGGCCCCCCUGGACCAGCAGCAGCCCCCGACCCUCCAGCAGCCCAGGAAGCAAACUCCAGUGCGGCUAACCCCAACACAGCUGCUGCGACACCCCCACCUCCUCCCGCCUCAGAAGAACCAGCCCCUCCACCUCCACCACUACUGCCCUCCAACCAGAGCAGCCAACAGUAUGAUAUGUAAUGGUCAGUUAGUUACAGUGGUAGCUGUAGGAGCCACCCCCCCUCCACCCCCAGAUGUGAACACCGUGGCGCUGUCAAUGAAGUGCUGAAUGGUCAAUAAAUAGUUAACAUGUUUCCCACAGAGUGACGUAGGCCUUCCAUCAGUCAGCCACCUAAGGAUUAGAACAACCCAGCAUGGCUAGCUUAUGAUGAGGGCAAGUGAAACAUCACCAAAGAGUAACGACAUUUGACCCGAGCCCCCUUUCCUAAUCAUGGGGGAGGGGGGCUCUAACAUAACAGUCAGCAGUAACCCCGCUUGGCUGCGUGGAUGUUAUAUACCAGUAUCUAACUCAACACGUCUCAUCACUGUUUGUCCAGCCAUCCCAAUCCAUCUGUCAGUGUUCUUCUAGAUGGCUGGUCCACAUUCCCAACAUUUGACCCUGGCUCUACAGGUCAGCCAAGAGUCAUUCUACACAGGACUGCACCUUAGAUUAGAUUCUAAUUAUUUUCAUGAUCAAUUAAUUAAUCAUUAGUCUGUAAGAAAUGACCCUAAGGUGACAAACUCUGACAGUAGAGAGGCUGAAGAACGUUUGUCUUUUAUUUUUCACUCUUUUGGCUCCAUAAAAUGAAUUGAUUCUCACGACCGCUUGUUGUUUUUCUGUCAAUCAACUCGACUAACCGUUUAAGCUAUAAUUCUACAUCACUGUGCUACCGUGUGAAGGGCGCUCAUCACCAGCCACGACAUCGCUGCUGUUUUCAAGCAGCGCUGUUCCAUUGAACUCGUGUUCGACACCAGGGAGGUGAUUUCAGAAGGCAUGCUGAUGGCUGUUUGUUAUCCACAUAGUUCAGACUUAAAAACCUCAAAUAAUUCCCACUGUGUAGACUUUGUACUGUUGAAUGUUUGACUCACACGUGUGUAUAUUGCUCAGUCUUGAUGUAUAAACUUUAAUCAGCCCGUAUAUUUUUCUGACAAAGGAGCACAGCUGCAGUCGGGAGUUUGGGUUUAUGACUUGUCUGAAAGCUCAGCGUACGUUCUGGUGAUUUUUAAGGGCAACCUCGCAUGAAAGGACCUCAACCUUUUCCCCCAUUUAAAACCUCAGAAUUUUGUAGUUUAUCAGUUUGUGUGAUUUGCAAAACUACUACUGUUACUUUGUGUUUUUAGAGAUCUAGUGGAACCUUUAGAUUAAUAUAAUCAAGAUCAGCCUUCGUAUAAAACUUGUACUCUUGAAUCAGACGCCAUUUCUAACAGUUUUCAGUUGGUGUGUGUACGACACGUCUCGCGCUGACGCAGAUGAGCGUUUUUCCAGGUCUGAAGUUCGUAUGGAGAUGAAUUAUUUGUGCACCCACAUUCUGCAUGCUCUACUAAAUACUGACUGUAAUCCUGCAAGCAUUUGAACAAUAUCUGAAGUCUUUUGUCAGAGUUGAUGAUGAGGAAAGCUGAUAUUUGGAGGAAACCACGCAAUGUGUCUCCAUGGUGCUUUAUUAAAAACUCUGGAUGAUAAAAUGACUUGCAUUGGGUAUUAAAACAUCUCCAUCACAUUUAUGUAAAAAGUAUUGACGCCAACUCAAUUAGCAUUUAAUCUUUGAGAGCUUCUCUCCAUGUUGAGGCUGUACUUAUGUUUUUUUUUUUUUUGUUUAAGACUACGUUCCUUCUUUAGACUGCAUAUUCCUGUUGACACCACAAGCGUUUAACUUCAGCAGAGUAAUGCACACGCUACCCUCAUCCAAGUGUAACCUCAGUCACUUGUGCAUUUAAAGGACUGUUUUCUUACUUGAAUUGGACUGUUUUUAGUAAUAUGCCUCUGUUUUUUGCAUCUUUCUUUUGUACUGUCUGAACUUAUCUAUCCAAAUAAAGAUAAUUUCUCAGUC